UUCUGAGCGUAGAGAGUAACGGUUGGUUGGGUCAAUUUAUUGUCGUCAAACUGACUAAAUAUAAAAAAAAACAGAAAACGAUGCUUAAAAUCACUGUUUUAUUAUUAUUCAUGCUAGGCAAUUGAGAAAAGUGAAAUAAAAAUCAUAGCAAAAUGGCGCUUGACUGUGCCAAUCUGUUGCUGGUAUGGUAGGUUCUAUAUUACGCUAAAUGAAGAUAUUAAAAUGUGCAAUUCUAAUGCGUCUUAAACAAAAUUCAAACCCAAAUAUCAAUUUAGAAUAACCAUUUGAUAUACUAUCAAUUGAUUGCAACAAAGUUAAGUGUCCAAGCAAUGGGGUGGAAAAAGUGAAAUUUAAGCAAAGUUAAGAAGUUUUGAGAUUCACACUAGCAUUGCUAAAGGAAACAUGCCUCUCCGUGGAAUAAUUAAAAAACAAAAAUGUUCAUAGUCAAGACUAAGUAUAUAAUAAAACAUGAUAUCAUACAUCCAUCACCUCCACAACUCUAUCGCUCCUCUUUUCUGUAUCCAUUUUCUUAAAGAUAAAUGACAAUUUACACCACCAAACUUUAGAGAAAUUUAUAUACUCAUUCCUUUUAUUGAGACGUAAGUUAAUGUAAUGUAAAACAUUUUGGCUGCCUAUCAUGGGGAAGAAGAUAAAAAGGGGAAAAUGUACAUACUGUCAAGUUCAGUAGAUAUCAGAAAGGUUUACAUGAUGCCAAAAAUCUAUUUUUUAUUUAGUAGCCAUUGCUACUCUUUGGUUCCUAACUGCCGGGGGGUAAGAAUAAAUGGGAGGGGACGGAUUUUAUGUUCAAAAAUUUAUUGAGGGGGGGGGUUCCAAUUACCGGAGGGGUCUAAAUUAUGAGUUACAUAUACUGAACACUCAAAAUGCAUUUAAAAUAAGUAAAUAAACUUAUUUCACUAUUAUAUAGCUAUUAUUUAUCAUCAACAAUAUUUAGCCUGUGUUACGCAUAUUUCACUACAAUAAUUAACAGAAAGUGCCAAAAUCAAUUGGACAAAUUUUCAAUAAAUAAUUAGCGGAUGGGGGGACGGCAAUUAGGCACCUAAUAGUAGGCAGUUAUACUAUUGUUUCAUAAGAAUAAUUUUCUAAGAGCACGAGCCUUAAAACCAGUAAAAAGUUAGAAACCAAUUAAAAGAAAUAUGAAGAGGCUGAGCCAACCCCUUUCAUCUCUAAAACGAUAGAUUUUGCGGCUCAGGGUUACGUUGGCGAUUCAUUUCCAAAUAUGUUUGCAAACGAAGAAUAAUAGACACUAUCUUUGUAGGCAAACGAGGCGUGAACACCUGCACCUGCCUGGAAGGCAAUAGCUAGCAAUACCACUAGCUGCUUACAUGCUUAUAGUAAUUUAAGAACAAAUCAAGAUCAAUCCAGCCUCGCAACAAUUAAAGAAAGCCUGACUUAAGUUCAAUUUAUCUGGAGUUAAAUUCUUGCAUGGUCAUUAUUAGCAUAAUCAAAAUUAAAAGGUUUGUUUGCACUUCUUCCAACAUGUAAUGCAUCUCACUUUUACUUAUUCUAAGAUUACUGGCUCAGCUUAGAACAAAAAGUAAACGUACUCACCUAGUGUGUUCAAAGUCUUCUUUGGCGGGAAUAAUUUUCAAUUUAGUUUUUAAAGCAGAUAAAUCACAUGAUCAAUCCACGAUAGAGCAAGGACAUGAAAGAGAACCGCAUAUCUCAUGGGAAAUGGCAAUAUAUUUUAGUAAUACAAACAAAUUACACUAACAAUAAAUUAAACAAAUUUUGCAACAACUCAACAUUUUAAAAUUCACUAUAGUCACAGUCAUUGAUAAUCUGGAUCUAUUGACGAAAGAAACAACAGUACGGCGAAAAGAGCAAUAAUAGAUCGAUGGAUGUUUAUUAGGAAAUCAGCCGUCUUUAAGCGUCUGCGAUAAAGGGCUGCUCACAGGGAAACCACUAACUAAUGCAAAAACAUAAUCAAUUUCCAACAAGAUGAAUCUCAGCGGAAUCAAAUGAUUGACAGUACCGUUCACACAAAUAGAUACCAUUAAACAACAAUAUAUUUAUCCAUCCAUUAUUGUUCAGUAUGAUUAAUGCCCUAAUUAUGUCUGCGUAUAGCUGUAGAACACGUAGCAAAUACACCACCUAAGCCAAACAGUAUCGCGUUGACAUUUCUGGAUUGAUCCUGAAAUGAAAAGAAGCAAAUCAUAAUAUCAUGAUAAAUGAAAACAACAAAACGGGGUUCUCUAUACAUUAAUAAUGAUCAGAAAAGAAGCAAAUAAUGAUGUCAUGAUUAAUGAAAACAACAAAACGGGGUUCUCUAUCUUGCAAGAAAUCGAGUGCCUAGUGUAGAAACAAAGACCCUCAAUCGAUCGAAAAAAUGUUCUUUCAAAUCAACAACUAUAUAACAAACUGAGAACCGAUAAAGGUUGUAAUCCCUGCACGCUACAGGAAAAGCAAUUCAACGAUUCGAAUCGCUUCUACGAGAUUUUCAGUUGAUAUAAUUUGUGUUGAUAUUAAAUUGGUUUAUGUUUAAAAAAUCCUUCAAAAUAAAGACUAUAAUAUCACAGCCACGCCCAAUCUAGAAGAUAAUAACCCCAAAAAAUUACAAUUGCAAAACCUUUCAAAAUGAGCGUUUGGACUCUAACAUACUCAAUAGCGUUUGAGAGUUACGACAAUAAAGCUUGGAAAUUGAAACACAGAAUGAGGUGCCGGGCCUCUUUGACACUGCAUUACAAAAAAGGAAACAUCAUAAAAACGUCAAUUCCCAAAGUAAAACAAAAACCCAUACCACCAUUCGAAUCGCUUUGAUGAAAACUUUCAUUUGGUGUUAUUCAUUUUGACGUUGAACAUGUAUUUAAUUAGUUAAUUUUCAAAAAUUCCAUGAAGUUGAAGACUAUGACGUCACUAUGACAUCACAGCCCCGCCCAAUUUGAAAAUUAACCACCCUAAAAGAUGCCCCUUGCAAAAAGCUUCAAAAUGAGCCUUUGGCCCCUAACAUACUCCAUAUCGUUUUAGAGUUAUGACAAUGAUGCCUAGAAACUGCAACACAAAAUGGAGGGCCGGACCCAGCUACAUAGACGUUACAGUACCAGAAAUUAAAAACACUCUAGAAUCAUCAAUUGCUAAAUGAAACCCCCAUAUAAUAGUACCAUUCGAAUCGCAUCAACGAUAUCUUUCAUUUGUUGUCAUUCAUUCAGAUGUACAGAUUGUUUUUGAUAAAAAACUAUAACAAAUCAUCAGAAAUAAAACUAUGACGUCAGUGUGACAACAUAACCACGCCUAAUUAACAAACAACUUACACCAGCAGAUGACCCUUGUGAAACCCUUCAAAAUGAGCCCAUGGCCCCUAAUUCAUUCCAUACAGUCGCCGAGUUAUGGCAAUAAAGCUUCGAAAGUCAAAACACAAAAUGGCGGACCGGGCCUGGUCAGAAAGAACAAUUACACCAAUACAGAAAAGUGCCAAAACUUCAACCGGUCAUAGUGACGUCAUUACUAGGUGUAACCCCUAAACCAAUACCACCAAUCGAUUUGUAUGGACGAGAUCUUUCGUUUGCUGCAAUAAUAUCCGAGAUAUUAUGUAUCUCAUGUAUCACAGAAGUUAUGGGCCUAAACGUUUUUCAAAUACCGGCCAUUACAAAUGUGCCAAUUCUGAAAAAACUGUGACAUGUACCGUAAAUUACACUCCACCCCAUCAAAGAACACGAAUUUACCUAUCUUUUCCACGUAUUACCCACACUAGCACUGGUUUCACAAAAGAGAAACGAAUUUUUGAAAAUGGGCCUAAAUAUGCCAUUGUGACGUAGCUAUGACGUCACAGCCACGCUCAAAUCCAAAACCAAAUACAUCAAACUGACUGCCUUGAGACGCCCUUUCAUAUGAGCCAUUGCAAGCUGAGGUACCACAUACCUGUGCAGAGAUAUAUGCCAAAACGUCUGAAAUUGGCACAUUUUCAAAUUUUGGGACAAAAUUGCACAUUAUCUUCAACUUUUUUUGGAACAACCAUACCAUCAAAAGAUGCGCCGUGACGCCCUCUAUCCAUUUAGGUGGUAUGUGGGGGGGGGGGGGUGUACCACGUCUGUGAAAAAAGUUAUUCGCAAAAAACCAAAAAUUUUAUGGCUCUUUAAACUUUUGGCACUUUUUGGCACAAAGGAAAUGUGACAAUCGAUUUUCGACCACAGGCCCGGAUUGCCAACUGGAUGGAAAGUUUUUUGGCACGUUUGGAUUUCCCAGCACUGAAACACAGAAAAAGUUAUUCGGCCUCAAAGUCAAAUUUUUUUUCAAUUUUCCGACGUCGCUGUGAUGUCAUAGCCACGCCCAAAUCCAAAACCGACCACACCCAACGAUGCCCCUUGAAAGGGGCAACAUUUGCUGUGAGGGGCGUAGUGGUACCCCCGCUGGUUCAAAAGUUAUGGCCAAAAGACUUUUUUGGCACCCCGUUUUUGACCCUAUUUUUUGGUUUUUGGCACACAGUGGCGCAACCGUAAAAGGUACCAAGACGCCGUUCCCACCCUUUUCAAUCCACCAUAUAGCGAUCACUUUGCCACCGUUUGCACAUCUGUACCACAUUUGGUCUCUCUGUGCCAAGGUCCCAAACAGGGCCCACUUUCGCUUUGCUCUGUGACGUCACGACCACGCCCAACCACGCCCAAACUAAGGUCACUUGUGGACCUCGCGGAGAUCUUUCGUUUGAGCCACGUGCCAGUUUUGUCCCAUUUGUGGUUCAAAAGUUAGGGUCCAAAGUCUGUUUUUGGCACUUUUUGGCACCAGUGCCAUUCGGUUUGUGCCAAAUAACUCGGAACAGAAAGGUGGUACCCUGGUGCAAACGAAGGUUCUCAGUUACCCCACUGAAUUUGGCACAGUUUGAGCCUAUUUGGGCUUCUGUACCUCUUGUCAACUUUUUGCCCUGUUAGUUUGAAAAUCGGUGAAAAAGUGCCAAAAUCGCCUCUUCUGACGUCACUGUGACGUAGGUGCCACGCCCAAUCAGAGUGCCGUUUCUUGCAAAAGGUGCGCCCCCACUAGCUCUACGACCUCCCGCAAACCCCGUUUCGAUACCCCUCUUCGUUUUCGAGUUAUUCACGAAAAACCUGUUUUUUGACCUGUUUUUCCACCCCCGUGACACAUGUUUUUUGGGGUUUACCCCACCUUACCCCGUUACCCCAACUCCCAGAUUUCGUAUUCGACUAGGGCCUCUUACAGAUACGCCUUAUAAAAGAAGAAUUUUUCAAUUCCCACUUGCGGUUCAAAAGUUAUUCACGAAAAACACUUUUCCAAAAUUUCUAACAUGAAUAUUCCCACUUGCUUCUGUAGCGUAAAGCUGAAAGCAUUGGAGCAAUUGUUCGUAUGACGAAUUAUGUAGUGGCAGUAAAGGCAGUGAUUUUCUGAGAGGAAUUCGUUGAUAUAAGGAAAGAGGUAAUUUUCACUCCAGAGAGCACUAUUUGGGUUUCUGUAGAUCAAUUGAUUGUAAAAUGAACUUUUAUUAUAUUUAAUAAAAGGAGAGGUCAAAAUGAAUAUGCAAAUGAUCACAGCAUACAAUGGAUAUCUUCCAGCCUCUCCCUUCUCUUUUAUUGAACUGAUAAACCUUAGCCUAGAGAAUCAGGGAAAGGGAUAAACAGCUACAAACCAAACAAGCCUAUACAAUAGAAUAUGAGGAUAUAUCCAAAUGUACAAAGAUGCAAUUCUUAAGUGAAUCAAUGAUUGCAUAAAAGUAUCUAUUUUCAAGGAUUUUGAGAGAGAAGUCAAGGGGAUCUGCGAAAAUGCAAUUGGCUACCCAAACUACUUUUCUAAAAAAAAAUUUUGAGUGCACAGUAGCAGAACAGCGCAACAGGUCAACAGAAUGCACUCCAUAGAAGAGAAUAUAUUUUUAUCUAUAGAAGAGAAUUAUGUAAAAAUAAAUCAUAUUAGACAUUAGGACAAAGAAGUUGUCUUAAAGUGCCUGUAACAGGAUUCUUUUAUUGUCUCUAUCAACUUUUCCUGUUACCUUUAAGUCAUAUUUCAAAUUUUAUCGAAAAAUCUGAUACUUUGACCGAAUAUUACCUGUUAAAUUCGGGCCAAGGCGAGAGUGCCACAAUCAAGUUGCCAUAGCUCAUGACGUCUCGGGAUGAAUUUGUUUUGAAACCCUCACCUGGAAUCAGCUGAUAAGGCAGUAGGUCGCGUGAAGUUUUAAAUUCAUUUUCAAGUCCUUCUUGGCACGAGUGUUCACGAUACAAAAAGAUGCGUGGUUGGAUAAUGGAUAAUGUAGGGCCACGAAUAAUGAUGGACUGUCGCUUCACAAGUUUCCUAAGUAAGAAAAUUUUCAUGUACUGUGGACGAAGUUCCUUCAGACUACACGACGUGACUUCACAUGUCCUUCCUCGUUUAGCGUUUUUUGUAGCUUGCAUUACACGCCAGACAGUUAUGAAGCAAAUCCAGUUGCCGAUUCUGUCUUUGGAACAAGGUAAUUAAUCUUUUUUAGCUUUUCGGCACUUUUCGGCAUAAUUCCAACUUGUAUCAAAGUGUAGGCCUAAUGUCUAGGCCGACAGUUUUUGUAUGGUAUGUACCAAAUUAGACAUCUGAGUAUAUUUUAAUUGAAGAAAAUCAACCAAUCUGAAAUCAUUCUUUCAGGCAAAAAAAGUUUGGCAGGAAUGCAGUUCCUACAAUUAAGAAAGCACUAUAUAAAGUCAUUAACAAUUAAUACGUUUUCAUAUAAUUGAUGAUAUUUUACUUAUCUGAUCUAUUUGCAGCUUUUUCAAAUGGCCUGUGCAGAAUCAACCUACACAAACACAGUUGGGAGGAGAUCCGUGAAAACCAAAGCAAUAAUUAAAGGAAGAAGUCAAGGUAUCCAAAUAUUUCCCAAUAUGACGUCCAGAGGUAUCCACUUGUUGCAGCCAUGCACAUCCACACCACUGAACAGUGACGAUGAUAGUGACAUUGAAGGGUUCCCCAUGGAUGAAUUGUCAUACAUGCUUCGGGACAGUACCAUGGAAACCUCUGGUGAUGAAGAUAGUUAUACUGAUGACCCAAGGACGUUCUUCAGACACCAGCAAGCUUACCUUUGCCCUUUGGAAAUGUGAAUCUGAUUUCUCAAGCAAGGUAUUCUGCUGCAGGGAAACAGCAUUGUUGUAGAAGGUGAUGCACGUUGUGAUUCAAUGGGUCAUUCAGCAAAGUAUUGACCAAAAGACACAUUUCUAGACCAAAAGAUCAACAAAGUUCUAGAUCUUGAGCUUGUACAGGACAGUCAAAUUUAAGCCUAGCGCACACAGCAGAUAUUUGUCGCAAAAGACGAAGAUUUUUGUCUUUUUCAUAAAAACUGAUUGCCCGCACACAGCACGAUUUUUUUCGGAUUAGUGCCUCGAUUAAGUUUUGUGACCUCUUUUUCACAUUGUUUGAACUUCUUGGCGCGUAAAAUAAAAUUCCAAACACGAAUAAAAUUGCUCAAGAAACUGACAAAGGUUAUGAAUUUGACAAAAAAGAAAGCACUGUUGGCUAUUAUCCUUUUAAUAAGACGAAGAAGAAGGAGGCGAAUUGCGAGACGAAUGUGGGUGAAAUCCUGGAUUGAGCGUAGAAAUGAGCUGGGAGCAUAUCAGAAUCUUGUUCAGGAGUUAGCAUCGGAGGAUAAACCUAUGUACCAACGCUAUUUUCGUCUCAACGAAGACCUUUUCAAAUCUCUUCUUGCCAAAGUAAGACCAAUGAUUCAAAGAAAAGACACACACAUGCGAAAAUCAAUUAGUGCAGCAGAAAGACUUGCAGUCACACUACGAUACUUAGCAACAGGUGAGAUUUCACAAUAGUCUGCCAGCUUGAUUCAAAGAGAAAAUAUAGGAUACAAAUGAGAAAAGUAAAAAUAUAUUUGUGAAUAAUAAAAAUAACUUUAAAUAUUCUAAAUGUUUCUUCUACAGAGUUCGUAGCAAUACUU